CUUGCGCGCGCUCUUCAACGCUUUCGCUCUCGCGUUCUCACUCUCAAGUGACCGUGUGUGUGUGUGUGAGAGUGUGCGAGCGGCGGCUCCAAUGGGGCGCUGCUCGGGCUUUAAUGCUCAGUACGUUCCCGUUUGCGUUGCGAGACGUGCGAAUUGCGCUUGAUGAGCUUAAGAAAACUCAACUUUUUGCAAGCAUCGCGAUCGAUAUCUAAAAAAUAAACAAACUCGUAUCGUUACUUUUUAAGCGCGCAAACCAGAAAUAUAAACAAAAUAAUAAUAAUCUUUAAACAAAAAAACGAGUCGCAAAUUCCAAUUAUAUAAAUGUGUAACAACAUGUGUAAUACUUUGCAAAGGCUCAAAAGCUCAAAGGAUUAAGCAGCAACUGUAAAAGUUGAGAGAAUGAAAAAACAUGCUGGCAAUUUGUGCAACAAACUCACGUGUUUAGCCGCAAGAUACAAAAUCAGUGCGAUGAUGUCAAACGUCAACACACACGUGACUAGCAAUUUAUAAGCCAACAAAAACAAAAACAAAUGCAACUAAAAAAGCAACAACUAAUACAAAACAAAGUAUUCAUAAUAUAUCAGCAAAUAUAUCUUUGAGAAACAAAUAUCUCUGACCGCCUAAUGAGCUGCUAAAAGUGCAAAAGUGAAAUGCAAAUCAGGCGAAAGUGAAUGCCAAUUGGAUUAAAGUUCCAAUAAGAAUUAAGCUCAGUUGCUUUUAAAGGUCAAAGCUGCAGCAUCACAAAUUAUAAAUAAAGUCGGUGUUUGUUGUACAACAACAGCAACAAAAGCAGUCAAAUUUAACGCGUGUGUUGUUCAUUAACCAAAUUACAUAAAAUAAAAUGACGAUAAAAAUGUUGACAAAAUAUAAAAAUUAAUUUUAAAAUACAUUUUUGAAGCGGAAAUACAGCAACAACAACAACUAUUAACAAGUGCAAAUUCUGGCAAAAAACGCAUCCAAAAGCUGCACCCAAAACAACAACAACGGCGGCAAGAAAAUUAUGAAGUGAUUUUUAAGCCGUGGUUUGUUUUUUUUAGUCAAACAACAAGUUCAGUUUGAAAAGCACAUAAAAAUAUGUAAUUACAAUACUUAAAAUAGUAAAUUUAAUAAUAAUAAUAACACAGAGCUCACUUAAAAGCACAAAAAUAAGUCAGCACAGUCGGCUUUUGACUCUGUUUUUGCUUCUGCUUUUGUUUUUGUUAUUGCGGCUACUUUGUCAAUUGGAAUGACAAAUUGACAGCAGUUACGAUAACAACAAUAGCAACAACAACAGCAUACAAUAAUAACAAUAGAAGUCGUUGGCGGCAAUCAACGUGAAACAAUCGACAUAAAAUACAAAUACAAAAAAAUAUCAAUAAAAAAAGCAGCUAAAGGAAAGAAAGGGAGAGAAAGAUAUAGCGUGAAAGGAGACGACAAAUCGAAUCGGUGCGGUGUGGUUUUGACAAUAUGUUGAGCCCACCAUAAUGAAGGAAAUUGAUACAGAGACAACAGUAGUAUGGCCAGCCUGGUGUUAUUCCGGUAACACGCCCACCGACUUAUUGCAGCAGAAACCCGCAAAGGCGACAACGGCAACAUCAGUAAAAAGCCACAACGAGGAGCUGGAGCAACAGUUUAAUUCAUUGCCCGCGGCGGCGGCCACAAAGCGGAAGCAUCUCGAGCGCCUGGCCAGCGAUUUGCGGCAACAGCAGCAACACCAACGCCAACAACAGCAACAGUAUCUCAACAGCAACACAGCUAAAAUGCUCAGCGAGCGUUCGCUGCUGCUCAGCGGCUACGGAGGCAUUGAUAGCGCCAAGAAGUUGUGUGAGGCAAGCGGCCCGACAACAGCAACAACAACUGUGGUAGCAGCAGCAACCGGCAACAGCAGCAGCAACAUGCAAGCUGCCACACCAUCAGCAGCAGCAGCAGGCAAUACCUCAACAAGCUCAGCAACAUCAUCCUCCUCAUCAUCCUCCUCCUCAUCCACCUCAUCCUCAGCAACUGCUGCGGCAACCAACAAUGCUGCUGCUGCAGCUGCCGCAUAUGCAGCAUUGUAUUUGGAGAACGUGAAGCAUGAGAAGCUGUCGUCGUUGCCCAUGGAUUCCUUAAAGGAUGCGUUGAUGGAAUCAACACUCAUCACCAAUAUGCACAACAACAAUCUGUCAACAGUCAACAACAACAACAAUAAUAAUAAUAAGAACACCAGCAACAAUAAUUGCAACAGCAACAGUAGCAACAACAGCAAUCAUCAUCAACAGCAGCCGCAUCAGCAACAGUUGCUGACCAUCAACAGCAGCAACGUUAAACGAGAGCGUCUUAGUCCCAGCAGCAGCAACAACAACAACAACGGCGAGGUGUCCGUUUCAGCGGCAUUUGCCAGAUCUCGCAGCGCCACGCCCUCAUCGGCAGCAUAUCGGGGCGGUGGCGGUGGUAUUUCACCCAAUCAACAGACGCCCCAGCAGCAACGCCAAAGCCCGUCCAGCUCCCAAACCCACAUGCCUCUCCACAAUCUGUCCACAAAUCUGUUGAACAGCUUUCAACAGGCGGCAGCGGCAAGCAGUCAACGCUCCUCUGCCGGCAGCGUUGUGAACAAUGCCAGCGGUGGCGCCACCAGCGCUGGCAACAGCCCAGCUGCCACAAGUGCGGUAUCAACAACAACAACAGCAACGAAUGCCACAGAUUUCUCCACGCGCAACUAUUCAGAUAUAAUGCGCUGUCUUGCAGCCAAGUACAACAAUAACAAUCCCAAUGACCACAAUGCAACUCGUCGCAAUUCCUACUACGACAGCAGCGGCAGCAGCACGGGCGGCGGCAUCAAUGUACCUACAACGGCAACAUCAGGUGGCGCCAAGUCGAGCAAUGCGAACUGCAACGUGAGCAACAACAAUGCGAGCAGCGCAACCAAAAAGCUCUCAGCGGCAAGUUUGCGAGAUGUGAAGGAAUCGACAUCGUCGUCGUCGGUGUCGUUGCUGGCGGUUGGCAGCGGAGUGGGUGUCCCAGGUGGUGGUGUUGGUGCAGUUGGUGGUGCGCUGCCAGGUGCUGUUGUGGCAAGCAAUAGCUUGCCACUGCAAGCCGCGGCACAAUCACCCACCGAGCAGGCCAAGAACCAAAUGGCCGCUGUGGUUGCUGCCGCCAGCGUUUCGCCUUUCAUGACCAACUUUUUGCCCUUCUCGGGGGGCAUAUUUCCCCCCCUGAUGGACAUGAGCAGCACCCAAGCUCUGCUCACGCUGGCGCGUGCUGCCAAAGAUGCUGAGAUACAGCAGAUAUUAAGGGGCAAGCAGCAGCAACAGAUGCAGAUGCAGUUGAAAGGUAGCAGCUCCAAUGCCUCAUCGCCCAGUGCGAGCACAUCGGGCACGCCACGUCCCAGUUUAAAUGCGGCAUUGCAGCAGGCGGCGCAAUUUGUUACACCCGCUUUAAUCUAUUCGGCGCAACUGCAGCAGCAGCAACUGCAACAACAACAACAGCAGCAACAAUCGCAUCACGCCUCACGUCAGUCUAGUCCACGUUCCAAUGCGGAGGCUGCUGCGGCGUCCAAUGUUGCAACUUGUGCUGCGGCGGCGCCGCUAGACUUGAGCUCACAGCCGCCAGCCGCCAAGCGUUUUAAGGCUGAAUCAUCCACAACAGCAGCAGCAACUGCAACUGCAACAGCAGCAACAACGAGUGCAGCUGCAGCUGCGAGUGCAACGUUGGGUUUGCUAGCGGCACGUCGUGGCAGCUCAACGGCAACCACAACAACAACAGCAUCUUCCACACCAUCCCCGCCACUUUCAGAGCAGAAGCCAACAUUGGAGUCACUCGAGGGCCAAGGCAACAGCAACAACAACAACAACGGCAACGCCAACGCAGUUGCAACAUCGCCAGCGGGCACAGUGCGUCAGUGUCAGGCACAGAGCGAGGAGGUUAACUCCUGGUCUGUGGACGAUGUCUGCACCUUUGUGGGUGGAAUUGAUAUAUGCGCCGAAUACGUACAGCACUUUCGUGAUCAGAGCAUAGAUGGCACGGGUUUGCCGCUGUUAACCGAGGAUCAUUUGGUUAGCUCGCUGGGCAUGAAACUGGGGCCGGCAUUGAAGUUGCGCUCCAUAUUGGCGAAGAAAUUGGGCGGGCCAUGUCCGUGUGUUGCGUGCGUUGCGCAGGCGCAACAGAUGUUGGCGUUGCAAACGGGUGGAGCGGCACCAGUAGCAGCAGCAACCAGCACAACGACAACAGCAACAUCAUCAACAGGAGCAGCAACAACAACAACGGCACCAUCAGCAGCAGCAGCAGCAGCAACAGUUGUAACUAGUUGCAGCAGUUUGUUCAACAGUAGCAGCAACAACAACAACACGACAGAUAACUGCAAUGGCCCCAGCAACAUGGUCAGCGAUGUUGCCGCAACAAUGUUGCCCUGUAGCUUUGAUGCUACCGACAGCAACAGCAACAUUUUUAACAACAGCAACAAGGAUGCUGCCAGAUAGUUUUUUUUUUUUGUCACAAUCGCAAAUUAAUUAAAUCAACAAAAAAAACUUAAUUUAAUUAGGUUUAUGCAUGCAAACAUAUUGCAUUUCAACUGCAAAUGUUGUACCAAAUGAGCUUUCAAUUGAAAAAAAAAACACACACACAAACAUAAUUAAAUUAAACAUAAUGAAAAUAUAAUAUAUUUCAGCUAAAGAUGAAAACUUUAAGCAGCAGCAACAACAAUCGCAAAAGUCUUCCAUUUGCAUACGAAAAGAAAUAGAAAACCAUACUUAAA